AUGGAGACUUUAAAAAUACUUGUGCUAGGAGAUCUUGGUGUGGGAAAAAGUUCCUUUUUAAAACUAAUAAGUGAAAAAUUCUAUGAAAUAUACCCAAUUAAUUUCUUUGACUAUUUUAUUUAUACUGAUGAAAAAGAAGAAAAUAAACAAAUUAUGAGAGAAAAAGAUUUAGCUAAUAAUAAUUGUUCACAAAAAAAUGUGGAAACAAUUAUUGAAUCAAUGUUUUUUCAAGCUAAAAAAAACUUCCUUGAAUUUAUUGAAAGUAAAAUGAAUACAAAAAGUUUUUUUUUUGAAGAAAGGCAUAAGUAUACUUAUGGUUUCGAGAUUUUCACAUUUUUAUGGAAUAGAAAUAAUGAAUAUAAUAAUAAAUUUAUAAAGAAUAUUCCUAUGAAUAUGAUAAAAAAUGAUGAAGGAUUGAGUAAUAAUAAUUUAUUAAAUUCCAAUGAUAAUAAAGUAUUACUAAUUGAAUUUUUUGAAAUUGGAGGAGUACAAACUUAUUCCUACAUUAGAAAUAUUUUUUAUGAAAAACAUGAUGGUAUUUUAUUAGUUUAUGAUUCAUCUAAUAAUAAAUCAUAUCACAACUUAGUAAAGUGGCUUUAUGAACUAUAUAUAAAUACCAAACCACCUUCUGAUAUUUUCUGUGUAGUAAAAAAAAAAGAAAAUACUUUAUGGAAUUUUUUUCAAAAAAAAAAAACAAAUGAUACUUCUUGCAACAAAAAAAAUAUUGAUGCCAAUUAUACUAAAAAUAAUUCUAAUGAAUUCAAAAAUAUAAAAUAUAACGAUGACGAUUUUUUAUCUGAUGAAAAUUCUGAUAUGGAAAAGGGUUACUAUAAAAAUAGUGAUGGAAUUUUAAAAGGAGAAAUACCGAUAGCUUGUGUUGCAACAAAAAUUGAUAAGAAGAACUCAAAAGAAAAACCUGCAUUUGUUAAAACACCGAAAAAAUCAUAUUUUUACAAUAUGUUUUUCUCUGACUUUUUCUCUAAAGAAUCUAUUUAUGAAAAUAGAAAUAAUUUAAAAAUUAAAAAAGAAAUUUUAAAAAAAUUAGAACAUCAUAUUAGUGAAGCAACAGAAAUUAAAGCUAGUUCUAUCGACUGUGUUGUUGACAUUGAUAAUUUUUUAAAUUUUUUAAAAACAGUUUAUAAUAAAAAGUAUAAGUUUCCAAAACUUUAG